AUGAGGCUUGAAUUCGAGCCACCCUCAUUCUGUUGCCAAAAGGGGAAAAUCAGGUUGAGAAAUGUUGAGCUUUCAGAAGAAUUGUAUGAAUUGUACACAUCCAAUUCAAAAGAAGCGGAAGAAUUUCGCAAGCAUAUACGUGCAUACAAUAGUAUUUUUUCAUUCACUUCUUUUGGGGCAAGAUUGGACAAAGAGUUGGCAUCAUCUAAGCAAGGGGUCUACACAUUCAUAGUUCAAGGACAAAUCUACCAUCAUUUGCCUGCCUUGAUUCCAGAGGCGAAUGCCCCACGGUACUUACAAUUGUACUUUUAUGACACAGAGAAUGAGCUGAACAACAGACUCAAUAUCUUAAAAGAUGUGAAUUUGAAUGAAAGAAUUGUCAAGAAAUUGAUGGAAAUUCUAGAAGAAAAUCCAUUUGCACGUUUUCUAAGAAAGUUAAAAGACUAUCCUUCCUUGGAUAACCUUCAAGUAUGCAUAAAGAAGGAUGUCAGCUUGGAUCAAAGAGUUUAUAACUCCUCUACAGCUGACCAAGUUGCUGCUAUAUGGAUAGAGAGCAAUGAUCCUAGCGAAAAUGUUCAAAGAGACAUCAUAGUCCAUGCCCAUUCCGGUGCUCCAUAUCGUGUAAAGCACUACUAUGGAUGCUAUGACCCACUACAAUACCCUAUUCUCUUCCCAGGUGGAGAGAUAGGUUGGCACCAAAACAUAAAGAAAACAAAUGAUGUGGUCAAGGGAACUAUUCGUCAACAUAAUGACCCAAAUGAGAUUAAUCCAAAUUUUAGCUCCCUCGAGGAUAUUUUCAAUCAAGAGCAAGAAGAACUUAGUGAUGACACUGUUGUUGAGAUGUACAUUAAACUUGAAACAACUCGCUUGGACUUCUAUAGAAGAAAACAAGGUGAAAUAAGGGCCGAGUUGUAUCAAGGAAUAGUUGAUUCAGUCAUGGCUGGAGAAACUAGCGGCAGCCAAGUUGGCCAAUGA